CUUCUCAACUUGUCCUGUCCCACUUAUGUACAGCCAAAACGUAUUUAUUAUUGCUCUGUAAAAUUGUAAAUGAAUAAACACAGUAGUAUCUCAUAAGUUGAUGAUCGGAACUUCUUUUAGUGCUGCCGUCAUCUAUCACCAAUAGACUUUUUCGUAAUUAAAAGUCGUAGAAUUACAUGUGGGUUGUGGGUAAUGGAUCAGUGAGUUGUUUUAACUUAGCAUAGGACGUGUUUGAGAAAAUGUCUCUAAAAUAUGUCGAAGUGGCAACGAGAAUAAUUCUCUUUCCACGAACGGUUAAAUGGAUGAACAUAUUUGAUCAUACUGUUGACUAUCAGAUAGCAGAAAUCUAUUGGUAGCUGAUUGUGCCCUUUAUGCGCAGAUGCCCAGACUGAGUUUGAAGCUCAAUAAGGUAUGAUGAUUCAGAGCCUUCAUGUGAAUGCGAGCUCGGCUAAUCCUGGGUCACUGUGUAAAUGGGGUUUCAGUUCCUUAAUAUGUGUUCCUCACACGAUAUACAAAUUUCUAAGAGCAGCUCCUUUGCUUUACUACGGACCUCAAAGGCUAUCUGUCCAAUGUGGAGUUAGGUUUCGCCCUUGCAUUGACAUACACAAGGGAAAAGUGAAGCAAAUUGUAGGAUCUACUCUUCAAGAUUCUAGGGAAGAAAGUUCAAGUCUCGUAACAAACUUUGAAUCUGAUAAACCAGCAGCAGAUUAUGCAAAGCUUUACAAAGAUGAUGGACUUACGGGAGGUCAUGUGAUCACACUUGGCGCAGAUCCUUUGAGUAAAUCAGCUGCUAUUGAAGCAUUACAUGCCUAUCCUGGUGGUUUGCAAGUUGGAGGUGGUAUCAAUUCCAGCAAUGCUUUUAGUUACUUGGAGGAAGGAGCCAGCCAUGUCAUUGUCACAUCUUAUGUUUUCAGCAAUGGACUAAUGGAUCUUGACAGGCUUAAAGAGCUUGCUAAUGCUGUUGGGAAAGAGAGACUUAUAUUGGAUCUCAGUUGCCGAAAGAAGGAGGGCAAAUAUUUUGUCGUCACAGAUAGGUGGCAGAAAUUUAGUGAUGUAUGUCUUGAUGAGAAAGUGUUGGAUUUUCUGGCUCGUUAUGCUGACGAGUUUCUUGUCCAUGGAGUUGAUGUUGAGGGAAAAAAGCUUGGAAUUGACAACGAGCUUGUGGCAUUGCUUGGAAACCAUUCCCCGAUUCCAGUGACUUAUGCUGGUGGCGUGAGCACAAUGGCUGAUUUGGAGACAAUUAAAAGUGCAGGAAUGGGUCGUGUAGAUGUCACCGUAGGCAGUGCCUUGGAUAUAUUUGGCGGGAGCUUGCCAUACAAAGAUGUUGUGGCUUGGCACGUCCAACAGGAUGCCUCAGCGGUUUGACGGACUUUGGUCCUCCUUUUCUGCCAGCAGUGUAAUCCAGAUAUAUGAUGGUCAUGUUUCUCCUGGAUAUGUGCUUGAGGACUGACAGGGAAGUUUUAAUGACUUCAAUUUUUGCACCUCUGACGGUGUGAAGUGCUCGCUGAAAAUGACGGAUGGAGCAUCAACUAGAGCAGAGUAGUGAUUGACAAGCAAAAUAAAUUGUUUUCCAGGCCUUGUAUGCCGUCAAGAUGUUUUUGUUUCUGAUAUACACAUUCCUAAUGUUAAUGCUGGUUUUUUUGUUGCGCAAGAUAACGCGUACUGAUUUUAUUAGACCCAUUAGAUGGUCAAGUUACAUUUUGAUCCUAUGAUUCAUCUGCAAGUUAAAUAUGAGAUUGCGUGUUACAUGAAUACCA